AAGGGCAAAGGGAGGAAAAAAAGAGAGUUAGGAAUGAGAAUUUUCUAUCAGCAGAGAUAGACAGGGAGGAGGCUGGUUUUAGCCUAAGACUUUUGCUUUAAAAAAUAACUCAGUGGUUUAGAUGCUGUCCUGAAGAGCCCUUUCAAGAGGAUGAUUUUUAAUUUUUUUUUUAAAACAGCAGGCAGUUCCUCCUUUGGGGAAAUCACACCAAUUUAAGGUGUUUUGAGUUGGACUCCAAGUUGCUUUUCACGACUUCCCUCCCCAUAUGUCUACGCUGUCUGUGACUUGAUAGGAAUAACUAGCGAUGCCAGUGAGAAACCGUGCGUCAGAGGUAACCUGAGGCCUCCUGCACGCUGAGAUAACUAGGGUGCCAUGAUCCCGCACCCACACCUUGUGCAACGACGACAUGUUUUGAAGGACUGAACAAUGUCAGGGGCAGCUGAAAACGGGGCCACUAAUUCAGGCUUGUCACCAUGCUGCACCACACAGGUCCCCAGAAUGACACCUUGGGGCACCCUUGGCCGUGUGCAUGCAGUUGGGUUUCCCAGGAGGCAAGGAAACACCCAAGCCCCAAAGGGUCUGCUGGAGCUCUCCGUAAGCAGCGGGAUGGCAGGAGGGACAGGCUAUCCCUGCAGAUAGCCACGGAGCUGCACGUUGGCUGCCCUGCUAGGGAGGGUGGCCCACCGGGUCUCUCCCAUGUGCCAGCCACCCCUGAGCUCCUGCAAGGUGCUCUCCUCCAGCCCAGAGCUCCUUCAAGGUGCUCUCCUCCAGCCCAGAGCUCCUUCAAGGUGCUCUCCUCCAGCCCAGAGCUCCUUCAAGGUGCUCUUCUCCAGCCCAGAACUCCUGCAAGGUGCUCUUCCUCCAGCCCAGAGCUCCUGCAAGGUGCUCUUCCUCCAGCCCAGAGCUCCUGCAAGGUGCCCUCCUCCAGCCCAGAACUCCUUCAAGGUGCUCUCCUCCAGCCCAGAGCUCCUGCAAGGUGCCCUCCUCCAGCCCAGAGCUCCUGCAAGGUGCUCUCCUCCAGCCCAGAGCUCCUGCAAGGUGCCCUCCUCCAGCCCAGAGCUCCUUCAAGGUGCUCUCCUCCAGCCCAGAACUCCUUCAAGGUGCUCUCCUCCAGCCCAGAGCUCCUGCAAGGUGCUCUCCUCCAGCCCAGAGCUCCUUUAAGGUGCUCUCCUCCAGCCCAGAGCUCCUGCAAGGUGCCCUCCUCCAGCCCAGAGCUCCUGCAAGGUGCUCUCCUCCAGCCCAGAACUCCUUCAAGGUGCCCUCCUCCAGCCCAAAGCUCCUUCAAGGUGCUCUUCUCCAGCCCAGAACUCCUUCAAGGUGCUCUCCUCCAGCCCAGAAAGCCUUCACCUGGCAGCAGAGGAGUGUCCACUCAGCACCUGACAUCAAUGAGAAACUCAAUGCACCCCACAUAACUCUAGUCUUUGGCCCGUUUUCUGGGUGUUUUCUAUUUUCUGACUAUCUCCGCGUUGGCUUGACAACUGCCAGCAGUCAGUGCUUGCAUUGCAAGCUCAGGACAACGUGUUUUGCAAGCUAUUUCAAAGGAAAUCCAUUUCAUCCCAAAUCAAAGGCAGAGUGUUUGCUUUGGCGCCCUUCUCCCCGUCCCUCUCCGACAGCCUCGCGGUGCAGACCGAACGGGGAGAGCUCUGCACCAUCAGCAGGAUUUUCAACAUGACGCACAGCCCUUAUGCAAUCACCCAGAAUUUAUGACUUUGUAAAUUAAUUUAAAAAAAACCCCACCAAAACAGCCCAACCCGCAAUUCAAGAAUAAACUUCUUUUCCCCGUAACAAAAGCUGCUUAUAUUUCAUCGAGAGCUCAGCUCCUUCAGCCUCAGCCACUGCCUGCCAAACCUGAACAAGAACAAGGGCUGCUGUCACUAACCCUGCUUACGAGCCGCUUCAAGGGUUUCUUUGGACUCAGCCUUAAACAGAUCAACAGAUCCUGCAAAUAUGGGCAAGGUUUUCCAAACCCUGCCCUCGGUGGCACCACCGAGAGCUUCAGCGCUUGAGAACAAACCGCCGCUGGGUCUCGCAUGAUUUGGCUUUGCUCCCCGAGUCCCAGCCGCCGCAGCCAUUUCUCUGCUCGUUUGCUUUUCUGCUGCUAAUGGGGAUGUUUCUGGAGUUUAUGAUUACAGAGGAAGGCAAAGGGAAGGCAAUCCCUGAACGCCGCAGGAAAAGGGAGAGGCUGGGUUAAAAUAAAAGGAAAAGCUAUUUUUUGUUUCGAAAAGGACACAGUUUUCAAGCCAGCUUCAUGCCUUUUUUUUUUUUUCCCCCUAAGCCACGCCGAUCUCGAGCGAGCUAACCCAACCCUGCUGACCACCCUUUGGAAACUGUCCCCUCCGAGGACCUGCCCGCCCGCACUCCCCGCUCUCAUCAUGGCAGCGAGCGAUUCCCCGCACACACCACCUCCUUCUGGAGAAGCCUUUCAUCCCAGUCAUGCCAUUUGUCACCUUAGGCACUGCUCCUCAUGUCCCUCCCUGUGCCACCACGGAGGAACCCAGCAGCCCCCGAGGAAGGAAAAGCAACUCAAUAAUAUGCUCAAAGACCUCCCGAAUAGCCAGAAUAACAGUAGGAUUGCCAGCGGAGCUGAUCCGAACGUGAAUCAUGGCCGCUGACAGCCGAAUGUGGCCUUAAUCAGAUCUGUCAGACAAUAGCUGACACUGAAGAAAAUG